CCAGCCUGUUUUUUUGACACGGCGUCCGGGUCCUCACAAACCUCGCCGUAAGCCAGAGAGAGACAACCAUAAUAAAAGCGCAGCGAGAAAGCAAGAGAAGAGCAGAGCAUCGGAGAGGAGACAAAGAGAAAGAGCAAGGACAAACAUUCACCAUGGUCCUCGGCGAUAGAAGCGCAGACGACACGAAAGACUACAAGAUUUGCGAUGCAAUUGGUGGUUUGGAUGUGACUCGUUUGGUGUCGACCAAUGCCCGCAAUUUUUUCGCUGAAGCCAUUGACGAUGUGGAAUUGAUGCGCGAGUAUUUAAGUGAAUCCGCACUGACGGCCAAUUGGACGAGUGAUUUUGAUUCGCUGGACGAAUUGGCAGCAACGUUGGAUUGGCAAGCUCGUAAUUUGACACGGGGCACGACAUCCGUGGAAGCUGGCUUGGGCUAUACGGAUGAUCGACCGAAUCGUCGAAUGGAUCGAUUUGUGGGCUUGGCGCAUCAACCACUCGUGGGAGACCUGUAUACGGAUUUUCUCAUGAUGGAUGCCUUGUCGCCACUGUUGCCGUGGAUUGUCGAUCGCAAGUCGCGAGAAGAUGUGUGGUGGAAAUCGCAUCAAAAUGGGCGAAGCGAAGGAGACAAGAAGGAAUCCUUCAUGUUCGAAUCACUCUACACGGCGGCCUGGGUCGUCAGCAAGGCCGAUGCCGUCGUUUACUACCCGCCAUUGGCAGUCUAUGGACAUCCACUCACCAUGGGAGACGUCGUGGGAGGACAGUACGAUUCCUCCCAAGAUGCAUUUAUUGUCCCCAAUCUACCAGAAAACAAUCCACUGCGACAAGCUUCCUUUACAGCUCCAUAUCCCGACGUGGCUCUGGAAGGAGUCGCACUCAUUACCGCCACGGCUCCGGUCUAUUUCACGGGGCCCUUUCAUGGCUACGACUACAACGACACCUUUGUCGCUUCCUUGGGAGUCGACAUGCAAGUCAAUUCCGUUUCUGCCUUUCUCGAUGUCCUACAAGACAGUCUCACACCGAGUAGUUUUGGCUUGCUCGUCGAUAAGGACUUUCACACCAUUGUCAUUUCCCAACAAGUCGUUCAUCGCAUUUAUCCCGCACGCACGGGCUUUGAAAUGGAUCGGGUCACGUUCGAUUUGGUCGAUGGCAGUAUCGUCAACGAUCGACGCAAUCAAACCUAUUUGCCGUCCGAUACCAUUCUACAACCGCUCACGCUCCUACAAAAUGCCGAUUGGAAGGGACUCUGGGGCACGGUCCGCAAGACAACACCGGGGGAGAGAGAGUUUGUCAAACUCAAUGUCACAUUGACGGGAAAUAGAGAUCCGACCGAAUUUUAUGUCAUGUUUGAAAAUUGGAAUACCGUCGCUGACUGGACGCUAUUGGUAUUUGCACCCACGCGGGAAGUCGACAAUGCCAUUCAAGUGUACAUGAUUACCAAGAGCAACAAUGGACCAACAAUCAUGGGUGGACCGGGAGAGCCAUCUCCGACUGUCACCAUGGAAGGGACGCAGGGGAGCGUCCUGCAGGGGAGCAGUACCAUUAUCAAUGGAGGAAGUCUCGAUGUCCAGUUGGCACUCAAAAGCAUGCCAGACUGGGUGCAAAUCAACGACUAUGCACUAUUUGAGGAGAGCCCGUACAUUUUGCGAUCGGGAGACUAUCUUCCCAUUGACUUUUCCGUCGCCACGGAGUUGCUCGCGACCGGGACGCAAUCCGAUUCGAUAGUCUUUGAAGUGCAAGAUGAUCACUAUCCCGAUUGUUUCUACAGUGCACCCAUUACCAUCCCCUUUUCGGUCCUCGUCACGGCCAAGGAUUGCGGGGACGCUCGUGUGGCAGACAUUCACGGCAAUUGCAUCUGCCAAUCGGGAUCGGUGGAGAUCAAUGAAACGUGCCUUCAAACCGUGGCGCUGGUCAUGGCAUUUGUAGUCCCCAUUUUGGUGCUGGCACUAUUGGCUCUCUUUCUCUAUGUCCGACGCCGGAAACAAAUUGCAGAUUCCAUUUGGGAAAUUGACCCGUCCGACAUUCAUUUUGGAAAGCCAGUCGUCACACUGGGAGAAGGGAGUUUUGGGACCGUCUUGCUGGCAGAGUAUCGUGGCAGCAGUGUGGCGGUCAAGACGAUUCGACCCGUACAAUCCAGACGAAAGCGCCCGGACAUUACCAUUUCUGGUAAAGGAAGUAUUGACACGGCGAGUGGUAUGCAAAAGGGGCUUCAAGAGUCGGAUCGGCCACUUCCUUCCAAAAUUCUCCCAAAGCCGCAGGAAAACUUUUCCGAGAUUACCAACGCAACCGCAACGUCUGGAAUCAGGCCCGCUGCGCUCUGGCGUGGAUCUUCGACGGUUGUGAAACGAAAAAAUCAACGAGAUGACUUCAUCGAAGAAAUUCGGCUCUUGUCCAAGCUACAGCAUCGCAAUAUUGUGUGCGUCAUGGGCGCGGUGGUAAAGGGUAAAUCGUUGCCCAUGAUGGUUCUAGAGUAUAUGGAGCGAGGGAGCCUCUACACCGUUUUGCGGGAUACAGAGAAUACUCAAAUUGAUGGGAGAUUCAUCCUGGACGUGUUAAAGGAUAUCACCCAGGGAAUCAUGUUUCUUCACAAUGCCAAGCCGCACCAGGUCGUCCAUGGGGAUAUUAAAUCGAACAACAUAUUAAUAGAUGGGAGGGGUCGCGCCAAGGUGUCUGAUUUCGGGUCGGGAACUGCUGGCACACCAUUCUUCAUGGCACCUGAGCUGCUUCGGGCAGACACCCCCAGCACCACAGCCUCAGAUGUUUAUGCUCUGGGGAUUCUUCUUUUUGAACUGUAUUCGAGAUCAUCGCCUUAUGAGGGUGGGGAAUACACGGAUGUCGUGGGUAUCUUGAAACAGGUCGCAGACCCUCGGGUGAACUUGCGACCGCCGUUUCCGGAAACAAUGAAGUCUUGUGUUGCGGCCAUGAUGCACGAUUGUCUCGUGGCCAACCCGGAAGAGCGACCGACUAUCGAUGAACUUAGCAAACGAAUAAUUCGCUUCAAAGAGGAAGAUGCAGAAUACAAGGUGGCUCCAGAAGAGAGCCCCGGCAACAAUUUACUCUUUCUCGAUAAGCUGUUCCCUCCCCAUGUUGCCAAGGCCCUUGGUGAAGGACGUUCCGUGGAACCGGAAACAUACGAGACGGCCACUGUAGUCUACUGCGAGAUUGUGGGUUUUGGAGGACUGUCAGCAGAGCUGGCCCCAAUCAAGAUUGCCGAUUUGAUGCACCGACUCUUUGAUCGACUCGAUACGCUUGCAGAUGAGCACCAAGUUUUCAAGAUCGACUUGAGCGGAGGCGGGGCUUGGAUGGGGGCGACCAACUGUGUCCAUGACCAAUCCACUGACCACACAAAGAGAAUCUACCAGUUUGCAAUCAAUGCCGUGCAAGCAGCUGACGAGACUCUCAUCGACGAAGGGCACCCAGAACGAGGCUUUCUGCAGCUUCAAGUUGCGUUUGGUUCGGGACUGGUGCGAGGAAAGGUCGUCGGCAGUCGUGUUCCUCGCUAUUCCUUGUUUGGGCCCACCGUUGAUACGGUUUCCUAUCUUGCCGGCCACAAAUGUGAAGGCGGCAGAAUCGUUUGCACAGAGAGUGCGCAGAGCUUGUUGGAAGAGCAAGCUCCAGAUGUCUCAACCACAGUAAAAGGACGUCUGGGUUCACCUGGUAGUGAUGCCGCGACAAUCUAUUGGGUGAACCCCCCAUCUUUGGCAAUGGAAGAAGAGUCUAGCCAUCAGCUUAGCUCGCAUGAUAGUUAUACUGAGCAAAGCUUGCCUCUUAUUGUGAAUGGCUCCCAACAUUGACAGAACAGUGCAGAAUAAAGCAUCGUCGAUUCUGAUGGUGGCUCUUCGUACUUGUACUUUAGAGUAAACUUUAGCUAUUGUAACGCUGUCCACGGUUUGCAAUCAGCUCUGGCGGGU